UGUCACUACACUAUUCGUACAGUUCCAUGUUUGAAGUUUGAACUGAAACACAGCACUAAGCACUCCCGCGCGCGUUGCCGCCAACCAUAGACGUUCGCGCUACUUUUUGACGUAUUUUUUUUAAUUCCCGAAGUUUAUCGUGCCUGUGUUGACAGACUUUUAAUAAAAACUUUUUGUGAUUGUUUUUUAUUGGUUUUUGUGUUUAUCGAAAAUGAAUCACAACGACAUGAUGGCCGCCCACGACCACAGCGCCCACGACCACGGCUCCCACGAGGCAGCACACGACUGCGGCGGCUCGCAUGGUCACGCCAUGGUGUUUCACGCGGGAGUGCAGCAAGAGAUCCUGUUCCGCGGCUGGGAGACGACCACCGCGCUGGAGCUGUUCGGCUCGGCGGUGGCCAUCUUCCUGGCCAGCGUGCUGUACGAGGGGUUCAAGUACUACCGCGAGGCGCUGCACGCGCAGGCCGUGACCCCCACCGCCGACUCGCAGGUCAACAUCGCCAAGAGCGAGUGCGGCGCGAGGGGCAGCUGCGCCGGACCCGCCGUUGUCAAGUAUUCCAUGUUCUCAUCAGCGCACGUGGUCCAGACGUUCCUGCACAUCAUCCAGUCCACGGUCUCGUACGUGCUCAUGCUGGUGUUCAUGACGUACAACGUGUGGCUCUGCCUCGCGCUGGUGCUGGGCCUGGGCCUGGGCUACUUCUGCUUCGGCUGGAAGAAGAGCACCGUGGUGGACGCCAACGAGCACUGCCAGUGACCACUGGAGCUUUACUCUGAAGCUGUCCCCAAUGGCUCAAGCUGCUUUUCCAUACAACAAACCACAAGGAACUAAAGGAAACAUCUGUCCUUCCAAUGUGAGCCUUGUAUUUAUUGACUCCCAAACACUCGUUCAUAUUCAAAACUACAAGCGCAAUCUAAUAAACUUCAAAAUAAAACAGCGCCAUCUAUCAAAAGACUAAACUAAACUAACGAAUACGGGUCGUUGAAUAGCAAGCCAACCAAAAAUUUACCAGAGUAAAAGUUAUGCUCCAGUAGUACGAGUAGGUAUGUGACUAAUGAUCACAGAAUCCUAUCAAGACAAUAUUAAUGACAUAUAAGUACCUAAACGAAUAUGCGUAAAAAAUUCAAAAGAAAAACAUAAUUUCUUUAGCCGACAUAUAAUAUACCUACUCGCAUAUUCUUACGUUUUAGAACAUCUGAAGAGAGCCCUCGUAUAAAAUAAAAAUAUAUAAAAUGGUCGGGUGACAUUUUAUAUAUUUUUUAUUUUAUACGAGGGCUCUCUUCAGAUCUUCUAUCAAGUAUCCAUCGGCAUCACAUGUCUCAACGGUUUAGAGUGAACACGUCUUAAGCCUUGUUAAUAUUUCUUUAUUGCGACCUUGAUAUUUUGAUAGUUUUCACCAGUAUACAAUCUUAAUUUUAAAAGUGUCACUCGAACUCUAGCUCAUUCCUACCUACAUAAUGCUCCUUUUUACCGAUUUCAAAAAAGAGAAAGUUCUCAAGUUGAUUCGUAUGUUUCUCGAACCGAUUUGAAAAAUUCUUUUUUGUUAAUUAUCUAAGUACAUAUACUAUCCUCUAAGUAGUUCGUGGUUACUUAACACACAUCUCUCUAUACAAAAAACAGCUCAAAAUCUUAUUUUGCCAGUGGAAAAGCAGCCUUACUCUACUCUUAUCGUUCGCUGACUGCUUUUUCAUAAACUUUUAUCUGUGAACUGUGAACAUUCAUGUAAUAUACCUAUGUAAAUUGUGGAGAAAUUAUGUGUUAUGGUGUUCACAUGAAUUAGUAUAAGUUAUCCGAAUGAUAUUGUAGUUAGUAGGUAGGUAUACGUUUAUUUAUGAAUUUAUAAGUGUUUUGACAAUUACCUACUUUAUUUAGGUUCUGAGGACAGAGAACACUAACAGAAAAUUUUUCGUUUGUAUUUAAGCACUUGUUUAGUACAAAAGAACAAUGCAUAGUAUAAUAUACAAUCAUCAUGAAUAAAUAUUGUAGGUAGGUAUGUUUUGAAGGUACUACCUACUACUUGGUAAAAAGUUUACCUUAGUUAUUAUAAUCUUAGAAUUUUAUCUAUACAAUUAUCCGCCCACUUAACAUGAUGCGAGUAUAACAAAGUGGGCGGAUAAUUGUGCCUCUGAGUAUAUAAAAAAAAGAAAAUUUCAUAAAAUGAAGGAAGCUCUGCGCCAUCUAGUGGCGAAUAGCGUAGGAUAUUAAUCUAUGAAAAUAACAUUCCACUAUCAUUUACAAAGAGCUAGUGUUAGUUAUUCUGUUCAACAAUAGAUGGCUCUUCCAAUUUAAAAAAAAAUAUCUGAUUAUUUUCUUUAUUUCCAUUUACAUCUAAGUAGGUAUUUAGCCUACUAUUUUAAUAAAACCAAAAGGAAAGUAAUAAAUUUCAGAUAAUAAGUACUUGUGGACUAUACUAUAUUUUAUACCUUACUUACUUCAGGGUUUUACAGGACUUUUAGACCUUACUUACAGCAAGUAAGCAAUUAGGUUUAGGAACUGUUUGAAAGUUAUAUGCUCUAAGAAAGUUGUGAUAUUAAAGUUUUGAAUAAGAUAUUACAAUAUUUCGUAUUUUUGUAUCAUACUUAUUAUGUAUUAGGUAUAGUAUAAGUACCAAUGUAAUUAAAUAAAGAGUUAUUAUUACACUUU